GCAGCAGUGUGGUACAUCCCCCCUCGAUGUCACUGUUCGCUACAGUGUACACAGACAAGAUGGCAGCUUCAUUGGAAGACGAGUUUGAAGAUGCGCCUGAUGUCGAGCCGUUGGAGCCGACACUGAAGAACAUCAUCGAGCAGAAGUCUUUAAAAUGGAUAUUUGUGGGUGGAAAGGGUGGUGUGGGUAAAACGACAUGCAGCUGCAGCUUGGCGGUCCAGCUCGCUGCUGUCAGGGAAAGUGUCCUCAUCAUCUCCACCGAUCCUGCUCAUAACAUCUCUGAUGCUUUUGACCAGAAGUUUUCAAAGGUGCCCACUAAGGUCAUGGGCUAUGAAAACCUCUUUGCAAUGGAGAUUGACCCGAGCCUGGGUGUUGCAGAGCUGCCAGACGAGUUCUUUGAGGAGGACAACAUGCUCAGCAUGGGUAAGAAAAUGAUGCAGGAGGCCAUGAGCGCCUUCCCCGGCAUCGACGAGGCCAUGAGCUAUGCUGAGGUCAUGAGGUUAGUGAAAGGAAUGAACUUCUCAGUGGUUGUGUUCGACACGGCACCCACCGGUCACACACUGCGGCUGCUCAACUUCCCCACCAUUGUGGAGCGUGGUCUGGGCCGCCUCAUGCAGAUAAAGAACCAGAUCAGCCCCUUCAUCUCCCAGAUGUGUACCAUGCUCGGUCUGGGUGACAUGAACGCUGAUCAGCUGGCCUCUAAGCUGGAGGAGACCCUGCCCGUCAUCCGCUCAGUCAGUGAGCAGUUCAAAGACCCUGUAAGUGUCUUGCCGUUUUAACAUAAGCACAUCCCU